AUGAUAUUAACUGUGUUUUUGAGCAACAAUGAACAGAUUUUGACAGAAGUUCCAAUUACACCAGAAACAACCUGUCGCGAUGUAGUAGAGUUCUGCAAAGAGCCUGGUGAAGGAAGCUGCCAUCUGGCUGAAGUAUGGCGUGGGAAUGAGCGUCCCAUACCCUUUGAUCACAUGAUGUAUGACCACCUACAGAAAUGGGGUCCCCGCAGGGAAGAGGUGAAAUUUUUUCUUCGGCAUGAGGAGUCACCAACCGAAAGUAAUGAACAGAGUGGACGUCAAGCACAAAAUCAAAGAAAUGGCAUAAAUAUACCUGUGGAGAAACGUACAGAGAAUGGGGUUGGAAAUCCACGUGUUGAGCUCACUCUUUCUGAACUUCAAGAUAUGGCUGCCCGACAACAGCAGCAGAUUGAAAAUCAACAGCAAAUGUUGGUUGCGAAGGAGCAACGUUUGCGUUAUCUGAAGCAGCAAGAACGUCGUCAGCAGCAGUCUGUUUCUGAGAGUGAAAAGCUUCAAAAACUUAAAGAACGUGUUGAAACCCAGGAGACAAAGCUGAAAAAAAUCCGUGCCAUGAGAGGACAAGUGGACUACAGCAAGAUCAUGAAUGGCAAUCUGUCAACUGAAAUUGAGCAUAUAAGUGCCAUGUUCCAGGAGAAGCAGCAGGAGCUACAGGCUGCAGUGUUAAAAGUGGAUCAGCUUACUCAGCAACUGGAGGAUUUAAGGAAAGGGAAACUGAAUGGCUUUCAGUCUUACAACGGACAGAUGACGGGACCUGCAGCACUAGAAUUAAAAAAGUUGUAUCAAGAGCUACAGAUCCGUAACAGGCUUAACCAGGAGCAGAACUCCAAGCUUCAGCAGCAGAAAGAACUCUUAAACAAACGUAAUAUGGAGGUGGCUAUGAUGGACAAGAGAAUCAGUGAGCUGCGUGAACGACUUUACAAGAAAAAAGUUGAGUUGAAUCGUAUUAAUGGAACUUCAUCACCCCAGUCAUCCUUGAGUGCUUCGGGAAGGGUGGCAGCAGUAGGACCUUACAUCCAAGUUCCGAGUGCUGGCACUUACACUGUACCAGUAGAUCCAGUUAAACCACAGUCUCUCACGAUUGCUUCUAGCUCAACGCAUGGAAGAUCAAAGUCUGCUAAUGAUGGAAAUUGGCCAAUACUUAAACAGAGCUCAACCCCUGUGGUAAAACCCCCUCAGAUUUCCAACACAGACUGGAAAGAAUCAAGCAUGGAUACUGCUUUAAAACAAGGAACUAUAUCCAGCCAACCUUUGCCGACUUCAGUAUUAGGAAGCACGGAUAAGCUGGGUCUUGACCUGGGGAAGGUGCCACCAACAGUUCCUGGUGUAAGCAAGCAGUUGCCUCAAAACUACGGGACCUAUCCAAGUCCAGUUCCCUUAGGAACAGGUUCUACAAAUUCUCUAGAAAGAAGGAAGGAUGGCAGUCUGCCCAGACCUGGCACCAGCGUAACAAAUCGGCAAAGACCUGUUCCGCUUCCGCCGCCAAGCAACGUACACCAGCCCAGCUCUUCACAACAGAUCCAGCAGAGGAUUUCAGUACCUCCCAGCCCUACGUAUCAACCCUCCGGUCCCCCCUUGUUUCCAGGAGGAGAUGGCAGGCCAGAACUCCCUUUAACUGUGGCAAUCAGACCUUUUCUAGCUGAUAAAGGAUCAAGACCUCAGUCUCCCAGAAAAGGGCCACAGACCGUGAACUCCAGUUCCAUCUACUCAAUGUAUCUUCAGCAAGCAACACCACCAAAGAAUUACCAACAAGCUGUAUACAAUACCUUAAAUAAGUCAGUAAAAGCAGUUUAUGGAAAACCCGUAUUACAGUCCGGUUCAACUUCUCCCUCACCCUUGCCAUUCCUUCAUGGUUCUUUGCCUGCCCAGACUUCCCCUCAGCCACAGUCUCAGCCUCAGACUGAGGUCCCUGAAAAAGAUCAAGAGCUGGAAAAUGCUCCACCACCCAGUGAAAACAGCAAUGUGGAAAACAUCCCUCGUCCCCUCAGUCCUACUAAGCUCACGCCUAUUGUGCAUUCACCCCUACGGUAUCAGAGCGACGCUGACCUCGAAGCGCUGAGAAGGAAACUGGCCAAUGCUCCUCGGCCACUGAAGAAGCGUAGUUCUAUCACUGAACCAGAAGGCCCAAGUGGACCAAAUAUACAAAAGUUGUUGUAUCAGCGCUUUAAUACUCUUGCUGGAGGAAUAGAAAGUGCUCCUUUCUAUCAGCCAGGCAACCCACAGGACUUCAUAGGCAUCUUGGCUGAUGUUGAUAAUGGCAACGCUAGUACCAACGGCAACAUUGAAGAGCCUGUUUCUGUGCAACCUACAGUUCCUCUUCCUGAUGAGCCACCCCCUUCGUCAGAUGCCAAUGACAAUGAAUUACCUUCUCCUGCUACUGAGGAACUGAUAACCAUGGAAACCACAAAUCAAACACCUGAGACCACCGAAGAUAACAACAACAAUCCCGCUAUAGUUCCUUCUACUGAACAGUCCCCCAGUCCCACGCCUGAGGUCAGUUCUCCAGUAGAAGAGGAAGCUCCUCUGCCACCUGCUGUUCCUCCUCCACUUCCUCCAACAAAACGUACCAACUUGAAGAAGCCGAACUCGGAAAGGACAGGCCACGGUUUGAGAGUGAAGUUCAAUCCAUUGGCACUCCUCCUCGAUGCUUCUUUGGAGGGAGAAUUUGAUCUCGUGCAACGAAUCAUAUACGAGGUUGAUGAUCCCAGUAAACCGAAUGAUGAAGGAAUCACACCUCUGCAUAAUGCCGUGUGUGCUGGUCAUCACCACAUUGUGAAGUUCCUGCUCGAUUUUGGUGUAAACGUAAAUGCAGCAGAUAGUGACGGAUGGACACCCUUGCAUUGCGCCGCUUCUUGCAAUAGCGUUCAUCUCUGUAAACUACUGGUUGAAUCUGGGGCAGCUAUUUUUGCUUCCACUAUAAGCGAUAUAGAAACUGCUGCAGACAAGUGUGAAGAGAUGGAAGAAGGUUAUAUUCAGUGUUCCCAGUUCCUGUACGGAGUGCAGGAGAAGUUGGGAGUGAUGAAUAAAGGAAUGGUGUACGCUCUAUGGGACUACGAAGCCCAGAAUAACGAUGAGUUGUCGUUCCACGAGGGCGACGCCAUCACUAUUCUAAGACGCAAGGAUGACAACGAAACGGAGUGGUGGUGGGCCCGCCUCAAUGAUAAAGAAGGCUACGUGCCUAAAAACCUUCUUGGGUUAUAUCCACGAAUAAAACCUAGACAGCGAACCCUUGCCUGAAUUCAGUUGUCCAAGAGUGCAAUACCGUGCUGGUAACUGGAAACACAAAACAUACACUGGAGCCAUCGUUUUUGAUCAUUUCACACAGAGAAAUAAAACUAUGCUAUUUAGUUUUAAUGGUGCUUUCUCUUGUUAAAUGGACAGCAUCCAAGAUUUUCCAAGAUCUGCAGUUUGUAAAUGAGGAUCAUUUUUAUGUGACCCGCCACUGAUGAGGAGAGCGAUACCUCCACUACCUGCAGUGUUGCGCUAACUAUCGUCUGAAGCGGUGUUCUAAGUGCAAAGUUCCGUGGUGGGAGCUUUCGUGUGUUAGAUGUUCAGAGGUGUCACUUGCGGAGUGCAGAUACGCUGUCCAGUUUGCUCCAACCCCACAGUAACUGUCCCACGUCAGGGUUUUGGCUAUUCUGUUCGAUACCAGUGAACGUUGAGUUCUCAUUACUGAUCAACUUUUUGGGUUCUAGGAUGUGAGAUCUUCACCUGUUACGUGCAUCAUUAAGUAGUCACCAAAGCUUUGUGAAGGCUAGGAUUUUACGGGGUAACAAACCCCACACUUAAAUCCUAGUCUAGACCACCCCAACGAAAGCUUUACGUAGUCUAGCAUCUAGUAUUAUUUGUGUUUAGAUUCGAGCUAGAGAACUAACAAAACAACAGUAUUUGUACACUUCUCAAAACCCCUACACCCUAUUUCACUUGGUGUUUUGUUUUUCUUAUUAUUCAGCCUACAGCACCAGUGUUAUCUCCACUAAGGUAAAGGUUCCCCUACUAACCACCUGAGUGUGUCCGUUCCGGACAGAGA